AUGACAGACCCGUUUUCACUGCCGACAGGAUCGUUCGCAGUUGUGAGUGUCGUUGAAGUGUUGCUUGAAACCAGCGUCGAGUGUUGUUGCUUCCUGAAUGCGCUCAAAGAUGCGCACGAAGAGAUAGACAGACUUUGCACUAGCAUCGAGGAGUACCAAGCAUUGGUAGAGGCAUUGAAGGCAAAUUCAACUGAGGUGCAGGGACACAAAAUGCCUCCGGCUCAGGGAACUCUGCAUAAGGCGCUGGAAUUGUUCGAUUCGUCUGUUAGACUUUUGCAUCGACAGCUGUCCGCCUUGAGGACAUUGAAAACAUGGCAUAAGAGCAAAUGGAAGACCUAUAAUGCUUUCAAGUUUUACCUCGACGAUCGCAAGAUGAGCAGAUGCUCGAAAAAUCUGGAAAACGCAGAAAGUGCGCGUGGCACAGCUCUGGGGUUGGUGGAAGGGCAAGUCAAUUAG